AUUCAGAAAUGUGAAUUCUGAUCGCCACUCGUGCAAAGCUAUACUCGAGUAGACUUCUUUGUAUGUGUUAUCUGACACCACUUGACCGAGACCUCAGGUGACUUUGAGAGACUUUGAACGACUUUGAGGUUUGAUGAGUACCUCGCCGUUGAGUUCAAAGUAAGGAUAGCGGUGCACGUGGGGAUGAGUCUGAACGAUGACCCAUCAACGCUGCUAAAAUUUCCUCGCUCCAUAAUAUACUGUCAGCUUCCCAUCUGCCAUUCCUCGCCUCCAACAAUUCUCCACAUGUACAGAAAGUCGGAUUUCAACCUCGGAGUUCAACCUCGGAUUCUUAGAUCGAAUAUGGAUUGCAGCACCAUCAGCGAUGACAGUCUUGUAGAGACAAGCUGUCACAGGUGCAGAGACGUGCUUCCUGCGUAUGAGCCGCUGCAAACCAAAGCGCUAGCUGAAGAGGAGCGUAUCGAGCCACCACCGUAUGCGGUACAGCAGCCAGGACGUAGCGCUCUCCAGAACGUGCAUUUCUACAAACAUUCGCCAGUCAUGGAAAGGAAGCUGCACGAACAUUGUGAGCCAUUCAGCUCAUCGAACGAAGAUUGGACGUUCCACAAACGACAUGUCGGCUCGGUGCCUGGAGCUCACUGGACCCGAGCGAUCAAGCGCAAUAACAAGAUCUACUAUCAAUAUGGCGUCGGCAAACAGAAGCACUUGACGCCCGACUUCUGGUUUACCUGUAAGAUGGAGCCACGUGCCAACGCUUCCGAGGCGGACGUUCGGGAAAUCUGCAGGGUCACUGCCUUCGCACUAGACUACCACCGAAACCACCGGUAUCGCAGGUGCGCCUGCAACUUUGAGAGCUUGCGUGAGAGUCGGGGAAGAUGCAAAUUGAGCUGGUUCCAUGUUUACAGAAAAGUCACAGGCCAUCUGAUCAGCAAAGGCAUGGACGCGCAUGAUAGACAUUGUUCCUGUGGCUGUUUUGAUGUCCAGAAGAGGGAUGUCGAAUAUUGAUCCAGUCGUUUGCGAUACAGAAGUACUUCAAAGG